CAUCCUCAGCCCAAUGACUGCCAUAUGACGUAGAUGUCACAAUCAAACAAAACCAUCUUUUGAAGCUUCAAUUCUCACGUCCCCACCGAUAGAAAAGCUACUGUCUAUUUUCAAUCACAGCACACCAUUCAUCCGAUACACUUGCCUACAUAGCAACCCAAACAAUCGAAGCACGUUACUCUCCCAGUUCACACCCCAACUCCAAAAUGGCCGCUCCCGGGGCAAAGCCCAUUGCCACGACCAACGAGGUGAUCGAGAGCGCUGUGAUCCGCGCUCCGCUCUCGUUUGUUUGGCACUUCAUCAAGCUGCCCGAUUUCUCCAAGUGGUGGUCCGCCAUUGACAAGGCCGAGCAUGUCAAGGGCACCAGCAGCGAGACCGACGUGGUUAGGUGGACCUUCAAAGACGGCAGCGUUGUCGAGGUGAAGCAAGAUGAGCAUAGCAACCUCGACCAUUAUAUCACAUACAGCGUCAUCAACACCGAGCCCGAGCUGACCUACUCGAGCGUCGUGAGCACGAUCCGCUGCUGGCCCGUCACUUCCGGCGAGUUUGAGGAUAGCACCUUUGUCCGUUGGACUUCCAAGUUUGCGAGCGAUGCCGACGUUGGCGUCCUCGAAGAUGCCAAGUACAAGCGCCGGGAUGCGCUGAAAGACCUUGCUGCUGCGGCUGCUCAGAUGGCCAAGGAACACAACAAGUAGAGGCUCAGCUCGUUCGCCAUUUCGAGCUUGCUAGCCUGUCAAACUGUGUGAACAUCCUCAGAAGGCACAACGAGCCAGGAGUGGACUGAAGAUGUGAGCUAAGCGGUAAACCCACACAGAGUGGUAUGAUGUAUUACUGUGCGUUUUGAAGGCUCUGCAACCACUCGUCAAGGUGAUCGUUCGCAUGACUGAAUCAUGAACAUAUCAUCUCAUCCAGUUCUUUCUAUCCUGAUAUCAAAGCUGCCUCUCUAUCCACGGGUACCAAGCAGAUGGGUAAGGCCUAUGACUCCCACACAGCUGACCGGACUCGAUAACCUCGAAUAAGGUACCUACAGUUUCAU